GACGGAGGUGAGGAGUGAGGACGUAUCUCUCUCCGUGUCGUGUUGUGCCCCUGAGUCAGUGUAUGGUGGGUCGCCUCCCGUCACCUCUACCAUGGCCGAGUAUCUGGAUAUGUGGCAGGACAUAGAGACGGUGCUGUUGGGCGACAUCAAGUUCUCUACCAGUGAAGGAGCCAAUACUUCCUUCAUGCCCGCCGCCCACCCCCAGCCGCCCGCACACCCACACACACACUUACACACUUUACAUCUGCCACCAUCCUCACACGUACAAGUCCCAUCACCACCACAACACCCUACACACACACAGCAACACGUACACCACCAGCCACCCACCCACCCACAGCCACCCAGUACACCCACGCAGCAGGCCGCCCCACAGCCUCCCAACCUCGCCCAACCAGUGUCACGGAUGACCACGGUGUCAGGCGUCAGCUCAUGUCAGCCCGAGCCCCGCACGUUGUCGCCAGCGUCAGGAGAGGCGUGCCCCAGCAGCGCCCCGUACCCGGCGUCCUACUCGACCCACCACUGGCGGGUGAAGAGUGAGUACGGGGAGCAGGUAGUACCCGAGGGCUCCUGGGAGUACAAGGAAGGCUCCUGGACCGAGUAUUACCCGGCCACCGACCCCGGCCUCCAGUACGGCUACUUCCCCUCCACGCCGCCCUACCCUGCAGACCUCUACCCCCCGCCUAGCUCGGGGCCGCCAGCCUACCAGCCAGGACUCCCCGUCAUGUCCACCAACCCCCUGUUGACUCCGCCGUCGUCACCGUCACUCAUGGGUGGCCAGGUACCCACCGGCCUCAGUGGCCCUCUGGCCCCUAACAUGGCCUCCUGCCUCCCUGUAGGACUGCCCCACGGCUUCCCGACGGUGGGCCCGCAACAGCAGGCGCCCGCCAAACCCAAAACUCGCCGGAGACGCACCUGGACCCGCCGCAAGGCAAUAAUCCACACGUGCUCCCACAACGGCUGCGCCAAGACGUACGCCAAGUCGUCGCACCUGAAGGCGCACAUGAGGACCCACACGGGCGAGAAGCCCUACACCUGUGACUGGAAGGGCUGCGGCUGGAAGUUCGCCCGUUCUGACGAGCUGACUCGCCACUACCGCAAACACACUGGUGACCGCCCCUUCCAGUGUAGACUGUGUGAACGAGCCUUCUCUCGCUCUGACCAUCUUAGCCUUCACAUGAAGCGUCACAUGGCCCUCUGAGCCUUAAAUGUGACCCUGUGAGACUCUUAAACAGUCACAUGACCGUGUGUGCCUCACAUGAAGCGUCACAUGGCCCUCUGAGUCUUACGUGAAGCCUUAAAUGUGACCCUGUGAGACUCUUAAACAGUCUGUGCCUCACAUGAAGCGUCACAUGGCCCUCUGAGUCUUACGUGAAGCUGUAAUGUGACCCUGUGAGCUUCAGCUAGUGUCUUGUGAGCCUCUCGUAAAGCCUCACACGGCUCUCUGACCUGUUUUACAUAAUAAUAAACCUUGACAACGCCGUGCCAUAUAUAAAUAUAAAUAUCUAUCUAUAUAUUUUUACAAUAACCUCCACCUCAGUUGCUUGCCCAAGUGCCAAAUGACCGUGACAGUGCCAUAGCUCCUGGCCCUCGCCGCCAGUACCACACCUCAGUCUCUCCCCGUGUGCCGUACACCUGUUGAGACACUCAGUGAUGCAGUGAUAACAGUGAUCUCGUGCUUCUACAGUUGUGGGAGGAAUGUCUCUCUCUCUCUCUCUCAGUUUAUCUGUCUAUUCUCUUAUAGUCGUAUUAUUACCCUGUCUGUUUUCUGUUUAUCUACCUCCCUCCUCCUCACACCUGUCUGUACUUCCCUCCCAGUUGUCCUUCCGUCUGUCCCCCACGUACAGACAGACGCUCACUCGGCCCGUGUUUGCUACCGUGUAAAUGUAAACUUCUUUUAUCUAGUCAUAUCAGGCCCACGUGUUGCUGGCUCGUGUGUGUGUACGUGUAGGUAUGUAUGUAUGUACGUGUAGGGAUGUAUGUAUGUAUGUACGUGUGUGUGUGUAGUAUAAAAUGUACAUAGCUAUUUUGUACCGUUUUUUAUAGAAUACAUCA